AGAUAGGUAGGUAGAUAGAUAGGCAAGUGGGUAGGUAUAUAGGUCGAAUCCUUCAGAUCAGUGAGCAUUAUCAAUACAAUUCACUCUGCCUAUUCGGAAGUAUCCAGAAAGGAUUGAGAUCCAAAAUGGCCGAGUUCGAGAACGUAGUCCCAGCCGCGUCAGAGUCUGUGAGCUUUUCCGGACUUGUUGGCGUUGCACUUGCACUUCUACUGUCCAUUAUCUACUGGGUUUUCGUUCAAGAUACAAAGCGCUAUCCACCUGGGCCGACCGGUCUGCCGAUAUUUGGAAAUAUUUUUAGUCUGGUCUUCAACAAACGGCAGCAGCAUGAAGUGGUCAACGACUGGACCCACAAGUACGGACCCAUCUUCGCUUUUAAAAUGCUCGGGACCAGGGUAUAUGUUCUCAGCGAUCCUGGUCUUAUUUCCGAUGCCUUUCACCAUAGUCCUGAUAUCAAUGAUAGGUCACCCUUGCCCAUUGCUAGAGAAAUCAUUGGGAGAGGUAACACCGGUUUAGUUAACAGUAUGGGUGAUGUGUGGAAAGAACAUCGUCGCUUUCUCAUGACGGUUUUCAAGAAGAUCGAUUCAGGUGUAAUAAGACUUGAAGAAGCCAUCGGAUCAGAAGUGAAAUCACUCCUGCAGGAAAUCGAAAAGAAGAACGGUGACAGCUUCGAUCCCUGCAACCCGAUCAACAUCGCCGUCGCUAACAUCAUCACCCGGUUUAUAACCGGUGUCCAGUACGACCACGGCGACCGGGAGUUCCAAGACCUUAUUGACCGGUCCGGUCGGAUCUUUGAGAUCAUGGGGCCGGCUGGACUGUUCUCGGUACUCCCGAUCCUAGCGAAAAUUCCGUCACCGGUUAAAACAGAGAUAACAUCACUUUCCGUUGAGAUAUUGGAGGUGAUCCGCAAAUCCGUCGAAACUCACAAAUCCGAGUUUGAUCCGGAAGAACCGGCAAGGGAUUUCAUCUCUUGUUACUUGAAAGAGGUGCAUCGGCGGAAGGAAGAGAAUAAUCCGGGAUCCUUUGAUGAGAUCAAUCUAAUUGCUAGUUGCUUCGACGCGCUGCUUGGCGGCUGGGAGACGUCGACGACGAGCAUAUCCUGGAUCACCCACACACUAGCUGCUCAUCCGGAAGCUCAGCGUCGACUUCGUGAAGAGAUCUACGAUGUGGUCGGUAGCGACAGAUCACCACGCUUCUCCGAUCGCCAUUCCAUGCCGUUGACGGAAGCGACGUUGGCAGAGUGCAUGCGACUGCACCCCGCCGCAGCUCUGCAUAUUCCCCACACCGCGUCACGUGAUUGCAAGAUUGGUGGAUAUGACGUCAUAAAGGGGAGCGCUGUGACGAGCGACUUGUGGUACCUUGCGCUAAGUCGUAAUCGUUGGAAAGAUCCGCUAGAUUUUAAGCCGGAGAGAUUCCUUGAUGCAGAUGGGCAGUUCAACAAGAAACUGGAACCACUACCUUUUGGUUAUGGUCGAAGAGUUUGCCCCGGGGAGCAGCUCGCUCGCUUGGAAAUAUUCUUGUUUGUGACCAAUCUUCUACAGCGAUUCUCGCUUUCCUUGCCAGAGGGUGCCCCGACAAGCAUCGGUGGCAAGCAUGGCUUUACCAACAAACCGAAUCCUUUCAAGAUACAUGCCAAGAAGAUUUGAGUCAAUCAUCCACAUUGCAUUGGAAUCGGGAUCAGUUUGUUGAUUAGAAGGCUUUAUCUUUUCAUUUUUAUCUGCGAUCAGAAUGGACUGGAUAUACUUUUAAAAUAGAAAGAGAAAUAGAGAGGGGGAUGUCAAAUUGUUUGUUCCAUUAUCAAUAUUAGAUUUCAAUCAAUUGUAAUGUUAAUACUAAAUAGGUUCAUUAUUGCGGACUGAAAUAAUCGCUAAAGGGUAUUCAUUUGUCUCGCAAUCUACUAUGGUCAACAAGGAAAUUUGUGAUCACUCUCGCAAAAGUGUUCGCUAGAUUAUUAAUUGUUUGUUCCAUUAUCAAUAUUAGAUUUCAAUCAAUUGUAAUGUUAAUACUAAAUAGGUUCAUUAUUGCGGACUGAUAUAAUCGCUAAAGGGUAUUCAUUUGUCUCGCAAUCUACUAUGGUCAACAAGGAAAUUUGUGAUCACUCUCGCAAAAGUGUUCGCUAGAUUAUUAAUUAUAAUGUUAUCCCCAACCUGUAAUUUCAAACGUUAUUAUCAUUGUUUUAUGUCUAAUGAAUUAUUGUAUUGUAUUAUUUACAAUUAAUGUUUUGUUCUCUCUUUUCGAAUGUUAUAACUCUUAAUGUACAACAUUUUGUGAGAUACGAAAUAAACCAAACUGAAAUUAAAAACUGAAUUUUAUAUAUUCAAUCCAAACAAUUAUACAUAGUACAUGCAUUCGAUCCCAAACAGAUAAGCAUAAGAAGGCCAGCGCAAACCAGAAUGUAAUGGCCUAAAUAAUGUUUUCAUUUAUAUCUAUUUUAAAUUUAUAUUCAAAUACGUUUAGACAGAGUUUUUUUUUUCGAAUAUAGAAAUUAAAAGCCUUUAUAUGCUUCAUAAUAUUCCCUGAUACAAAACCUGUUUUUCACGAGCCUAGUACACACAAGCCUGCAGAUCACAAUCAAAUUACUUAUGGCAUAGUUAUCUUAAAGGAAUAGCGCCCGCUGUAGCGAAGAAUUGGUAUAGUAGGUGCGUUCCUUUUUCAAGUUUAUUUCAUUUCUCCCCAAGAUAUCAAAAGAUAAAAGAUAUACUCAAAACAACCAAUGUAAAAUGUACAUAAGAAUUAAAAUGAAUUGAAGAAAUUGACAAAGGUAUAGACCUAAAAAGUAGAAAUCUUUAAGGGGGCCAACCCAUUACAAAAAACGAAGAACUUAUCCAUAAAUAUACCAUGAAAUAAAUAUUACAAGUUACAGCAACACUUUUCAUCUAACAUUACAAUGUUAAAAACUUGUAGCCGUUGGAUCUUUUUUCAACUGCAGAUUCUCUGUGAAUUUUUUUUUUAAUUUUACAUAAUUAUCUAGCACUCUCUAUCGAUGGGAUUUGUGUUUUACUUUAAAAGGGCUCUUUGCGCAUACCUAAAGUUAAAAAAGAAAAACUUUAGGUAUUAGAUAUCAAGAAGCUGCAGACAAAGAUGAAUUUCAGCUUUGGAAUAUGUUUUAUAUCAGAGAUAAUAAAACCAUGCAGAUAUCUUAUUUUGAUCGGGCACCAGAUUGAAAUACAUGUCUAUAUCUAUGACACAUUUUCAUUCCAUAUAUUCAGCAUCAUAACUGUUUUAGGGCAGACACAUUCACAUAAACCUUUUUUUUUUUUUGGGGGGGGCUUACCAAAGCUUAAAAGUGCUUUAAUUAAUUUUGUAAGGUAUUCCAAGGUCACUUACAAAAUAAGGGAGAUUAAAGAAAUAUAUCAUAUGAUUGAUGUUCUACUGCAAAUUAGAGAUCCAUAAUCGGGGGGGGGGGUGCUUGGGGGUUUUAGCCCCCCCCCCCACUUCUUUUCAAUAAACACGUACAAAACAUAAAAGUUACUAUCUAAUUGUGCUUGUUUACAGCUUCCCCAACCUACGAAACCGUUCCACGGCUCCUGAUAAUUAUUUAGCCAAAAUAAAUCGUUUGUCGAAAUACUUAUAAAUGCAAGUAAAAGGAUACCAAUGCUGACGCUCUGUAUAUAUUUCAUUCAGUCCCACGUACCCUCAUUAAUGCUGUUUGCAAAACCGUUCAAACUAGAAUUCUCAGAAGAGGAUUGGUUUGCUUAUUCUCCAUUUAUUUACCGACCAUGUUGACUCUCUCAAUCUUCAUCUGUUAACUUAGUGAAUGUUUGACCAGGGAAGGAGGAGUAAUGAGAGAGAGAGAGCGAGACUUGAAUGAAAGUGGAAUUAAAUCUUUAUAGAGUAGAAUUUAGGCAUACGCAAUGCUAAUUAAUAAGAAUGGAAAAUCCAUCCAAAUAAAGUUAUAUCGAAGUUGUUGUUUACACGUGAGAGAAGAGAAGAAUGAGAUAAAUAGCACUUCACUUCAAAGAAAUUAUGUAAAAGGAGAACUUCUAUAAACAUGAUAAAUAAGAUCAUCUACGCUCGAGUGAAAUUAAUCCAAAUAUCAUCGAAUCCGAUUUAUUUAAUGACGACUCUCAUUGUGUGCAGAGAUUUCAGUGAUUUUUCCACCUUUAGGCCUUUUCCUUGCAGGGCAGAGGUGAUUUCGAUGAAGAUUGAAUAAAUAUUAUAUUGUUUAUCCUAGUUAACAAGCUUUUUCACAUAAUGAUUAUGAAAAUGUUAACUAGAAGUUGAUGCCGUCUAAUUGUAGUGGUGUGUGUUUGUGUCUGAGUGGGUGAUGUGAAUGAUGCGAGUACCCCCCUUAUUAUGAAUGUAUCUGAAAAGGACACAUGUACGUGUUCCCUUUCCAGGGGGGGGGGGCAUUUUUGCAGUUCUAUCCAGACAUCUAGGUCACACUGCUAUCUUUAUUAAUAUCAUAUUGCGAUACAAAACGACAGUCCGUUUGCUUUGUAAAAAAAAACUCAAAAUGAAGAAGAGAUGAGAGGUUUUUCGUUGACACACCUGUACAAAUAUAAUAGCGAAGGAGCACGUAGGUCUACCCGGUCUGUCGGUUGUUCGGGUUUGCAAGACACCGCAAUGAUCCGUGUCCGUUGUCUGCGGUUACCAAUGCUCACUGCAUAUUUGUCUUUGUCAGGCGCGGUAACACAGAGGGGGGGGGGGGGGGGGGUAAUGGGGUCGACUCUCCACAUAUUAUUUUCAAGCAGUUGGGGGAAAGAGG